AUGAGCAAAGCAAGCGGCAUCCCCAACGCCUGGGACGACGACGACUGGGAAGCCCAGGCCGACCGCGAACGCACCGAGCGCAAGAACGCAAAAGAGCCGCAACAAGUCGCGCCGCAGCAGACGAGCAUGAGCAGACAAGAGCGCCUGCAGCAGCACGCCGAGGCGAACCGGAAACUGUGGGAAUCAGCUGACUCUCCAGAAACGCUGUACCACGUCGAAGCAAGCGGCGGCGUCCCCCUGACGGCGUCCUUCAAGCCCCAGGUCAAGGUCCUCAGCCGCAAGCCCGUCGUCGCCAAGCGGAACCCUGGCGCGGGCGGCGGCGCGUCCCUCAGCGGCGGUGGUGAUGGCGACGACGACGACUUGCGGCCGGAGCAGGCGCAGAUGACGCCCGAGGAGAUCCGCGCGAAGCAGAAGCGCGAUCGCGAGGAGAAGCAGCGGCGGUACGACGAGGCGCGGGCCAAGAUCUUUGGCGAGUCGGCGCCCUCUUCGAGGGGGUCGUCGCCGGGGACGGGAGGAGGAGCAGGAGGAGGCGCCGUGACGCCGCCGAGGACGGAGGGGAGGGGGGCGUAUCGCGGGAGGGGACGGGGACGGGGAGGGAACUUUGGUGGUGGUGGUGGUGGCGGUUAUCAUGGCGGCAUUAACAAUAACAGCAGCAACUAUAACAGCAGCUACAACAACAACAACAACAAUGUGAGCAACACCGAGAUCAGCGGGCAGGAGUUUGAGCCGCGGCGGACAACGAACCAGUCGGGCCCGAGGAGAGAGCUCUUCGAUCCCAACUCUUCCCAGAAGCCGGAUUCGGGCCGACGAGGAGGCCGCGACGGCAGCGGCAGCGACUCUUCCCAUUCGAGCGCCCAGAGGACCUGA